GCUUCAAACGGAGACUCUCCGGGCAAAGUUAGGCAGACUCACGUCUGGAAGACACAACAGAAGCACUGAAGGACUAUUGUGGACGAAUCAAAAUGAAGAGGAAUCACGAUUUCAGCUCCUCGGACAGCGAGUUGGAUGAGACCAUUGAGGUGGAGAAGGAGAGCGCGGAUGAGAAUGGGAACAUGAGCUCUCCUCUCGGGUCCAUGUCUCCCACAACAUCAACUCAAGUGCAGGCGAGGAAAAGGCGUCGAGGCAUAAUUGAGAAACGGCGCCGUGACCGGAUCAACAACAGCCUCAGUGAACUCCGCAGACUGGUUCCCAGCGCCUUUGAGAAACAGGGCUCUGCCAAACUGGAGAAAGCAGAGAUUUUGCAGAUGACUGUUGACCAUCUGAAGAUGCUUCACGCUGCUGGAGGCAAAGGUUAUUUUGACGCCCAUGCUCUGGCUAUGGACUACCGUGGCCUGGGUUUCAGGGAGUGCCUGGCUGAGACGGCCCGUUAUCUGAGCAUCAUCGAGGGCUUGGACAGCGCCGACCCUCUGCGGAUCCGUCUGGUCUCCCACCUCAACAACUACGCCAGUCAAAGGGAGGCUCACUCUGGCCUGAGUCACCUGGCCUGGGGCUCUGCGUUCGGCUCCCCUCCUGCCCACCUGACGCACCCCCUCCUCCUCCAGCACCAGCAGGGGGCACCGCUGGCGCCUUUGCCCCGCAGCACCACCAGCAGCCCCCAGACUCCUCUAUCAUCUUCAUCCACCUCUUCCUCCUCCUCUUGUUCUUCAUCCUCGUCCGUUGCAGAGACUCACGUCCCGGGCCGGCGCAGCGGCAGCGCCACCCCCCACUCGGAUCAAGGCCCAAUCCGGGUCCCCACCACCGCGGCCCCCGCCAGCGUCCCACACCCGGCCCUGGUCUCCUCAUCAGUGUCUAAGCUGUCCCCUCCUCUCCUCUCCUCCCUCUCGGCGUUCCCCUUCCCCUUCAGCGCCUUUCCCCUCAUCUCCCCCGCCACGGCCCUCGGCGCCCCGCUCCCCACAUCCAGCGUGGGCAAACCCUACAGACCCUGGGGAAUGGAGAUAGGAGCCUUCUGACUGAGAUGAAAAACCUUCAUCUCAAUCUACUCACAGACUUAAGCUGAGCUGGACUUUCAAGGACAAGACUUUUUUUUAUUUUCCCAGCUAAGAAAGUACUAUUUUUUCUAUGACUUUGACAUCCCACAGAGGGUAUACCUAGAUGUAGGAUUUCUACUUUCUUGCUAAUGUUUUGUGUUUUUGUACAGAAGAGAAAAACAGUGAGGAGGGAGACCACGUCUAAAAAACAACAAGAGUGAUUUAUUGUCACUGAUCUCUGCUCCUGCCCGCCCCUUUAGAAGUUUCACCCACUGUUGUUGGCCUAUCAGGAAUGGCUUUUCCAGAUGGUCAACCAGUCGCCUCCCGUCAAGUUCCUGCUUGAAACUGUUCCCCCCUUUGUGUUUACUCUUUCUGUGCUGAGGCACCCAGUGUUGGUGCCCUGGUUACAUACAGAGAGGAGGGGGUGUGAAAGGAGGACGUGAGGUGGUGGAGCGUCACCCCCCUUUUUACAGCAUUUUAUGGGGUGGAAUAACCGAAACCAGGUGUUUGUUUGACUAAAUACUGGGAAGAAAACUUAGCUACCAGCUUGGUUGAAAUAAACAUGAUUUACCCAGAGCGUCUGAGGUUCAUAUGGGGCUACAUUGUUUAGGCUCGCUUCCAUAAGUUAUGUUUCCUCUCUACAGUAAAUUUAACAACCGAGGCCUCACAUAUGUUUUACCAGUUUCAACCAGCUGUUCCGCAUUUCUUUUUGAUUAACUGAUGCUCAGUUGAUUUUUAUCACCUUGUCUACAAGUUAUUUUCUUGUACUUGUUCAAAGUAGCAGCAUUAUUGAUCUGUAAUUAUCAAGAGGACACUCAUUUGUAACUGCCACAAUAUUUGCUGUAAAACAAGGCAACACAAUUCAGUUUCCUGCUGUCCGCCUGUUAUUUCAGUGUCUCCUGGUAAACCUCACUGUUUGAGUUUGUAUAUUUUUACGGUUGUACAAAGCACAAGCGAGCACUGACGAAUCAGAUUUCUCCGCUUUUCAGAGUUGUCGCUGGCGGUAAUGACAACUUCUCUGUAAUAAAAGA